AUGUUAGCGGAAGCCGUUUGCAAUGAUUUCCUUCGUCCAGAAACCAACAUUCGCCUUGUUAGUGGCUCUACGAUCAGAGUAGGUCGAGUCGAGGUGUUGUACAACGGAGAAUGGGGAACCGUCUGUGAUAGUGGCUGGGACAUGCAGGAUGCCCGGGUAGUCUGUCGAUCUCUUGGAUUUGGUCAGGCACUCGAAGCUGUAUCGGGUGCAGGAUUCGGUGAAGGCACAGGGACUAUUGUUUUGGAUGACGUCAACUGCUCUGGAAAUGAAGAGGACAUUUUCCAGUGCGGAAAUGCCGAACUUGGAAUCAGCAACUGCGGACAUGGACAAGACGCAGGAGUCCGAUGUGCACAAUUCCCAUCAGCUAAUAUCCGUCUGAUCAAUGGGUCCAAUCCUACCGAAGGUCGUGUCGAAGUCUUUUACAACGGAACAUGGGGUACCGUCUGCGAUAGCUAUUGGGAUGACUACGAUGCUCAGGUGGUGUGUCAGAGUCUAGGUUUUGCUGCAUUCGGGGUUGCUAAUUUUAGAGCAACAUUUGGAGAAGGCACGGGACCGAUCUGGAUGACUGAGACUAAAUGUAAAGGAGAUGAAAUGGAUCUCCUAGACUGCCCACACACUAGUCCACCCCACUACUGCGAACACCGCUAUGACGCAGGGGUACAAUGCAACCCAAGAUCAACACUUCGUCUGGUCGGUGGUUCGUCAAAGCUCGAAGGCAGAGUCGAGAUGCAACUCAACGGCCAAUGGGGAUCUGUCUGUACCGAUAAUUGGGAUCGCAACGCAGCCAACAUCGUGUGCCGAAGUCUCGGGCUCGGGCAAGCUCGCUACAUGUACUUUGACUCCGCCUUCGGUGAAAGUAACUUGACGAAUGCUUAUAACUUUGACUGCCAGGGGUUUCAGCCUAGCAUCCUACGUUGCGGUCGGAUUGGUGUCAAUAACUGCCAAUACAGACGUAACGCUGGUGUCCGCUGUUAUGAAGGCAUCUUAGCACCUGUUCGUCUUGCUGGUGGUCCAUCGCUCCAAGAAGGUCGCGUCGAGAUCCUUUACAACGGCGAAUGGGGGACUGUCUGUGACCGUGGCUGGACUGUCUUCGACAAACCUUCCGACAUAGUCUGUCACUCUAUUGGACUAGGUAACGCCGAGGCAACCUAUGGGGGUGGUCGUUAUGAACAGGGUACAGGACCUAUGGUUCUAGAUGAUGUAUUUUGCCCAAUUCCAACGUAA